UAUGUUUAAAAAGACAAAAAGCCAGAAUUUCCCUAAAGAUAAAUAUAAUUACAUUUUUGUUUUAAUUUAAAGUUCACUAUCAGCUGAUUAAUCACAUGACGGGAGUGAAUCAGUUUUCUGAAAGUGAAAGAGUUUGUCUUUAAGCCUCGACUGCAUUUUGUUGCUGUUUAAGGGAAAAAGCCUUCAACUUCAGGACUAAACUACGAUCACACAACAUAGACUGCUGAGUAAAAGAGUGUAAUUCAUUCCAGCAGAAGAGAUCAACAUCUUCAGGCAGUGUAUCCAUGAGCUCUCUGUGUGUACACUUAAACUUACAAAUGGAGAGAGCUGAUCUGGACACAGAUAAUGUGACCCCACCCUCAAAAAUGUGUAAACUCCAGAUAAAGAGUUCAAACUCACCAGAACACAGCAUUGUCUCCAUGAAGAGUGAUAAGUCUAUAGAGCUUCCUGAUAUGUUUAAAAAUGGAGACUCCUCAUCUGUACACAGUAAACUCCAGAAAAAGAGAUCGCACUCAGCAGAGCCCUGCUGGGACUCCAUGAAGAGUGAUUGUUCUCUGGAACGUGGUUGGAGAAACUUACACAGACCAAAACGAGACUCUAAUGCUAUAAAUAAACACGAAAAGGUCAAAUUAAAUCUGAUGAAGAAGUUUAAGUGUCUGGAUGGAGUAAUAAUAAAGCAAGAAAACCGAACACUCCUGAAUGAGAUCUACACAGAGCUCUACAUCACAGAGGGAGACAGUGGAGAGGUCAAUAAAGAACAUGAGGUAAGACAAAUCGAGGCUGCAUGCAGGAGAACAACAACAGAGGAAACACCAAUCAAAUGCAAUGACAUCUUUAAGCCCUUAUCUGAACAAGACAAACCCAUCAGAACUGUGCUGACAAAAGGAGUUGCUGGCAUCGGAAAAACUGUCUCUGUGCAGAAGUUCAUUGUGGACUGGGCUGAAGGGAAAGCAAAUCAGGAUGUCCAUCUCAUAUUUCCACUUCCGUUUAGAGAGCUGAAUUUAAUGAAGGACCAGAAACUGAGUCUGAUGGAGCUUCUUCAUGUCUGUUUUGAAGAAACAAAAGAAAUCAAAAUGUCUAGUUUGGGAAAGGUUCUGUUCAUUUUUGAUGGAUUGGACGAGUGUCGUUUUCCUCUAGAUUUCCAGAGCACAGUGAAAGUGUGUGAUGUAACUGAAUCUGCAUCAGUACCUGUGCUGCUGAUAAACCUGAUCAAGGGGAAUCUAAUUCCCUCUGCUCUCAUUUGGAUCACCUCCCGACCAGCAGCAACUGAUCAAAUCCCCUCUGAGUGUGUCCAUCGAGUCACAGAGGUACGAGGGUUCAAUGACCCACAGAAGGAGGAGUACUUCAGGAAGAGGAUCAGAGAUCAGAGCCUGGCCAAUAACAUCAUCACACACCUGAAGUCAUUAAGAAGCCUCUACAUCAUGUGCCACAUCCCAGUCUUCUGCUGGAUUUCAGCUGCUGUUCUAGGGAAAAUGUUGGGUGAAGCAGAGAGUGGAGAGAUCCCCAAGACUCUGACUCAAAUGUACACACACUUCCUCAUUAUUCAGAUGAACAUCAUAAGAGAAAAGUACUCAAAGAAGCAGGAGAGUGAUGAAGAAAUGCUUCUUAAACUGGGACAACUGGCUUUUGAGCAGCUGGAGAAGGGAAACCUGUUCUUCUAUGAGGAAGACCUGAGAGAGUGUGGCAUUGAUGUGAGAGAAGCAGCAGUGUACUCAGGUGUGUGUACGCAGAUUUUUAGAGAGGAGUUUGGGCUUCACCAAAGUAAAGUGUACUGCUUUGUUCAUCUGAGUAUUCAGGAACACCUCGCAGCUCUGUAUGUGCACCUGAUGUUCAGGAUGACAAAGAGAAAUGUUUUGGAACAUAGUCGGUCAUUUAAUACAAUCUCAGAUGUCCACAAGGCUGGUGUAGUUCAAGCCUUAAACAGUGAGACUGGACAUCUAGAUCUUUUUCUUCGCUUUCUUUUGGGUCUCUCACUGAAGUCCAAUCAGAAACUCUUACAGGUCUUAGUAACACAGACAGAAAGAAGAUUCCAGAGCACGGAGGAAACAGUUCAGUACAUCAAGAGGAAGAUCAGUGAAGAUCUUCCCACAGAGAAAUCCAUCAAUCUUUUCCACUGUCUAAAUGAAUUGGAUGAUAAUUCUUUAGCAGAGGAAAUCCAACGCUACCUGAAAUCUGGAAAACAAAGGAAACUUUCUUCUUCACAGUGGUCUGCUCUGGUGUUUGUGUUACUGACAUCAGCACAGGAGCUGGAAGAACUUGACCUGAGUAAAUAUACUAGUCCAGAGAAGAUAACAGAUUCAGUUCUUGUGAAGAUGAUGCCUGUGAUUGCAGCAUCCAGAAAAGCAAGUAUACAGUGUCAUACAUUAAAAGAAAGAGGUUGGUCUGCUCUGGUCUCAGUACUCAACUCAGAAACCUCCAAUAUAAGAGAACUGCAUCUGACUGUGAAUACAAUGGAUCUGUCUUGGAAAAAACUAACAGACUCAGGAGUGAAGUGUCUGUGUGCUGUACUGGAGAAUCCUCACUGUAAAGUGGAGACACUAAGGUUGCAGCAGUGUGGUGUCUCAGGUGAAAGCUGUGCUGCUCUGACUUCAGCUCUGAGAUCAAACCCUUCACACCUGAAAGAACUGGAUCUGUCCUAUAAUAAUCUAGGAGACUCAGGAGUGAAGUGUCUCUCUGGUUUACUAGAGAAUCCUCACUGUAAACUGGAGACACUGAGGUUGUGGGAUUGUGGUGUACCAGAUGAAAGCUGUGCUGCUCUUGCUUCAGCUUUGAGAUCAAACCCCUCACACCUAAGACAUCUGAAUCUGUCUAAGAAUAAAAUAGGAGACGCAGGAGUGAAGUGUCUCUCUGUCCUUAAGGACAAUGAACAUUACAAACUACAGACACUGAUUUGGUGAUGAACAUCAUACUCAAGAUGAAGACUCCUGUGUACCUGUAUUUCUAUGCUGGGUAACAGACAAUAUAGUCAUUGGUUUAUAACUAAUUAAAUGGAUUCAGAGAUAUGGUGUGUGUUUAUUGUGGAAAGUAAAUCAGAUUAUACACUGAAUAAUUAACAACCCCUGACCUCUGAAUAAAAAACACCGCCACCCAAUCUCUUAUAACACGUUAGGGAUUAUUUAAAAUAGUGGGUCAAAAAGAAUCUGAACCUGAAAUGUGUCUUGAAGCUACAAUACACUUUGUCCCUUGGUUGGUAUUUAGUAUACACUAACAGAAAACUUUUUUGGGAACAUUUAUCAGUAGUUACACUUACUCAUUCAUGCAAUUUAUGCAUCAUUGCUUAUAAUAAAUGGGCAGGUUUGACUGUUGUUAAAACAGCUGACCUCUUUUGUCUUUAAAACACAACAGUAAGCAGGGAACAGCACAUUCCAUUUAAACACAUAUAAAUGCACUCUAUGGCCAUGGGCGGAGCUUGAUUUUGUGUCUGCUGAACGUCUGUUGACGUCCCAGCAAACUCAAGGGCCUGUAUUCACAAAGCAUCUUAAGCCUAAAAGUUGCUCCUAGUGAGAAAAUUCUAAGAAAUUCUAAGAAAAUUCUUAUAAUUAUGACAUUAUGACUUAAAUUUAGGAGUAAAUCUUAGUAAAGAUAAAAAUGAUUCAUAAAACAUCUCAGCCCUUGUAAAGUUUUUCUAAAGUUCCGUAGUAGGAGAGGCGAGUUGCUCGGUCUGUCCGCUGUGCUUCAGUAAGCUUCUCUGGCGCCAGGAGAGACUCAGUCAAACACACACACGUUGUCUGUCAGAAAGGUCUCUGUUUAUUAACAGCAAAAGAUGGGGUUUAUAUAUGUUUGACCAAACCCCUGUGCCAUAGACAUAUGUUACUACAAAGAACAUGAACCAUUGUAAAUGUCCUGGUGAGAUCCUGAAGAAUCAAAGGAGAGGAAAAUAGAGAGGUGUCCGUCCAGAGACAGAUCACAAGAUGUUGGCUCGAGAUAGGGGGAGAGGGGGAAAGAGACAGAGGGGGAGAGAGAGAGGGGGAGAGAGACAUGAAGAGAGAAUGGGAAGGUGAGCGUGGGAGCGUUCACACCUUAAGGAGCAGAUGCAAGAGGAGACAGGAAGAUAGCAACAGGAAAGAUUUAACACGUUAAUAUCAGAUCUAUUAGGAAGAGAGCAAGAGAGUAGAAAUAACUCCUUUAUAUAUAAAAUAAUUCUAACAGCCCUAAAAACAGCUCCUAAGAUAAAAAUGGUUAGGAGUAGAGAGGAGGACUUUUACAAGACUUGGCAAAGACAAAAUGGCAAAAAGAAGAAAUAUUCUCCAAACACUAAUCAUAAAAGUAAACACUGCUCUUCCGUCCAUUGAUUUUUGUUAAUUUACUUCCUUCCAUUUCUCUUGGAUUGUUGGCUACAUAACAUCCAAGAGUACAACUUAAAUAGACUGCCCUGCCUUCAUGUAAAUUGGUAAAAGGUAAGCCAUUUGAAAAUACAGGGUGGGCCAUUUAUAUGGAUACACCUUAAUAAAAUGGGAAUAGUUGGUGAUAUUAAUUUCCUGUUUGUGGCACAUUAGUAUAUGUGAGGGGGAAAACUUUUCAAGAUGGGUCGUGACCAUGGUGGUUAUUUUGAAGUCGGCCAUUUUGGAUCCAACUUUUGUUUUUUCAAUAGGAAGAGGGUCAUGUGACACAUCAAACUUAUUGGGAAUUUCACAAGAAAAGCAAUGGUGUGCUUGGUUUAACGUAUGUUGCGGUCACGUGUGUUAGAUUUCUCCUGUGGUGUUGCUACCAGUGCAUGAAGAGUGGGAGAAGAGGGUUGCAUUGACAAUCCAACACAAUGGGCAGCACAUUGAACACAUUUUAUAACACAUUUUACAAGUGGUCAGAAACUUGUAAAUAACUCAUGAAAGAAUAAAGUUACAUUAAAACACCGGAAGUAUAACGUCGCCGUAACAACAAUAUAUAUGAAUGAAUGAAACAAUAAGCCCCGCCGCUGCAUCACUUUCCGGGUUCUUAUAUUCAGCUAGGGCAGUCUCAUUGGUUCCCAUGGGAAUCGCGGACGCACUGGAAACCAUGAUUGACGGGUGCGAUGUGCUAUGCCCGAAAAUACUACAGGACGUUACAGUACAUAAAUGUAAGAAUUUAUGAUGUAAAUAUAGUAACUACUAUGUGGAAAUUGGUUGCUUCAAAAGUAGCAACAUUUUUAACAUUUGGCUGUUUUAAUUAACUUUAAGAUAUGUAGCCUAGGCGGCAGGAUGGUGUAGUAGUUAGCACUGUCGCCUUGCACCUCCAGAGUCCGGGUUCAAUUUCCAACCAGGCUCGAUUCCCGUCUUCGACUCCAUGUGUGCAUGGAAUUUGCAUGUUCUUCCUGUACUGGGUGGGUUUCCUCCAGACAUGUAGAUUAGACUAAUUGACAUUCCCAAACAUUGCCCGUAUAUAUGAAUUGGCACCCUGUCCAGGGUGUACCCUGCCUUGUGCCCUAAGUCUCCAGGCUCCCUGCAACCCUGAAUACAGGAUAAAGAGUUAUAUAAUAUAGAUGAUAAGUGAGUAAGUGAUAUUUAGCCUUCAACAGAAACUUUGUAUAAAGUAGCCUGCAUUCAUGACUAUAUAAUUUCUUUAUAUACAAACAUUAUAAUUUCACUGUCCAUUUUAAGACAUUUACAGAUUUUUUUUUAUAAAGGAUUCAAGGAGUGGAGUGGAGUCCUUAAUAAUGCGGAGAGCUUUUCCUAAACCAAUCACAGUCCUUGAAUUGCUGCAUUAUCCCUAGCAACGGGUUCAAUGACACCUCCUCACUAAAGGUUUUCGUACUUUCCUUACUCAGAGUUACUCUGAGAAGUUUCUAAAAUCACUUUUAGUCUAGAACUCCCAGCUAGGACUUUAAGCUAAGAUAAAAACUCUCUGAGAAAAUUUUAAGAAGCUUUGUGAAUACGGGCCCUGGUCAGUAGGAUUCCACAGGUGAGUGGAAUGCACCUUUGAUUUCUGCAACAACGACAGCCAAUAGUUCACUCCCGGUGCUCCCGUGGUUCUUCAGCUCUUGCAUGGAGCCGGAUUUUGUGACCCUGCCGCCAAGUAGGAAAAGGCCACAAGGAGGUACAUGUUCAUGGCCCCUGGUCCCAGCUCGGGAAAGCCGCCCAAGCCGCCUGACUUGCGUCUGAGGCUGUACCCAUAGGAGAGCUGGCAGGCCCAUGCUGCCAAUUUGUCCGCCGUCACAGCUCACCACAUGUGCCCGCAUGCCAGCGGGGCACUGCCUACCAGACCUAAACGUGCACUCUUCUGUUGCCUUUAUUCCUUCCUUCCUCCUUUAACCCUUUCCUUCCCAAUUUGCCUUAAUUAAAUUACCCUUUUUCCUGUAAGACCUUGCCUCGUGUCCAUGCUUUAUGUUGCCGUAAGGGUCGAACCCGUUAAACAUACAUUUCAUGUUAACUCCAGGAGAAGCUUCAAAGUUUGGUCCAAUACUUUCUCAUCCUAUAUUUGACGUGUGCUCCCAAAGAGAGAGAGAGUCAAUUGUAAUUUAGAGAGUAAUCUUAUCUGAUCCGUGAGCAUAAAGAAGCAUCUGUAAAAUUAGGCUGCAGGAAACUUCACAAGGCAUAAGACCAGAUGCCUCGAAGGAAACCCCAAAACCCAGGGUGUAAAUCGGUGAUCCGGUAAACAAAGCAGACAGUUUUACAGCUUCACCCCGAGCUGGGGGGGAACCACCAAGUCACACCAAGUGGACACUCUCUUGACCUCCAGAGCACAUGGAACAAAGACAUAAGUCAUGGAUACUAUUUUAAACCAUCUUUCAAGUGUGCCAGAAGGGGGAAACGUAUUUACAUAUAUUUACUCAGUAUCGUUUAUUCCUGUGUAUAUGUUUGACUAUUCUGCAUAACUUAAAAGUGUAUAUGUGUGUGUGUGUGUGUGUGUGUGUGUGUGUGUGCGUGUGCGUGCGUGUAAGUAAAGUCGUUUCAUGUGUCGUAGAAUAGUCAAAUAAAUUCUCGUUUCUUUAUAAAGAACUGUUGUCUUGGUCAUGUAUUUUAAAGUCUAAACAUUUGCCCAGAUGUUGUUACCUUGCUCAUAAUUGCUAAAUACUAGAUUUUGUGUUAUCAUCGCUGGCCACGUGAUAAGCAGAACUGGUAAGAUACACUAAAUUGUGCUAAACGCUGGGCGGGUAGUCGAUAAAGUGUACAUUAUAAAUUUUGAUUCAGUUAAUUUGAUUAACCCGAAUCGUUAAAGAUUCGAUACACCUCUGACCCAGUGCUAAACAUUACCUAUUAAUGGUGAAGAAUGCGUUGGGCAUUGUGUCCACAUUAGAAUGUCUAAAUUUAUUGGUGGAGAAUCCGACGGUCAUUCAUUGUCAUUAUUAUGUAAACCCUACACCUGCAAAGGAACCAGGUUCCUUGAGACAAGGACUUUCUUGACUAUUGCCUCAGCAACUUCAUUUAUCUGUGCACUUGAUGGAUAAGCAGUGUACAAAAAUAUAGAUUUAGCCAACUUUUCUAUAUUCACCUUGGCAUUUGAGGCAUUUACAAGUGUCCCAUUCUUCGUGUCGGCUUCAGCGGCAUGUUUCAAGGCUGUUUUCAACAUCUCUGUUUCAUACGCAAAUUGUAAAACUGGAACUAAGCCGGAAGGUUUUUUAAAUCAUUGCUGUGAAUGUUCCUCAUUUAGUUUCUACACUGAAAUACCUUGUUUUUCUAUGAUUUAUAUUUACUGCUUCUUUAACAUUUUUUUUUUUUUAAAGAACGUGUGAGUUUUGUUGUCUAAGAAUAUCAAGCGGAUUUCAUCCCCAACAUCCAGACUUUAUAGAAGGUUAGAAAGCGAGAUCAGGACAUCAGCAGGCUUCCACACUCCUCACCCUCACAAUAACCAAUAACCCUGUGUCAACUGUGCAGUCCUUUAAGUUUUUGGGAACUACAAUUUCCCAGGACCUGAAAUAGGAACUUAAAAUCAGCUCUAUUUUCCAAAAGACCCAACAGAAAAUGUACUUCCUUUAUCAACUAAGGAAGUACAGUCUGCCACAGGUUUUAUACUGCAGUUAUUGAGUCUGUGCUCAUCACAUAGAAAGACAGUCUGGUUUGGAGCAGACACAAAACAGAACAGGAACAAGCUGAAGAAAACAUUAAAAACUGCAGGGAAAAAAAUCACUUGAGCUCUUCGGCAGGCUCUUCAUGCAGGCUGCUUGUCAGUCCCAUGUAUUAUGAAAACUACAUCUAGAAAAGGGGCAGAGCUUUUUCUUACAAAGCACCAAAGUUAUGGAAUAGCCUUCCAAUUAAUUUUCGGAACUCAGACACAGUCUUAAUGUUUAAAUUUAGGUUAAAAACGUAUUUAAGUUUGAGCAUUUUUGUGAAUAGAUUUGCCAUAGGUAAAGGAGCAGAUCUGGGGGACUUAAUGUACUCAGACGUAGAGUAUUAUGGUGAAUUGGUAUGUUUAGAUACUGUCUUGCCCACUCUUAUUUAUCACUCAUGUUUUGACAAUCCCUGCUUGCACUCUGCACUAAAUAUACAUUCUCUUCUCUUCUCUUCUCUUCUCUUCUCUUCUCCCUCUCUAUGUCGGGCUGCACAUGUUGCUGCCAAAACCCAUACCCCUUCUGCCCUCUUGAUCAGCCCGACUCUUCACGGUGCCCCGUUUCUGGUUGAAGAUCUCAUUGCAUAGAGGCCCCAUGCUUGGGAUGUGUGUGGUGGGGACUUGAGACAGUUCCACUUUUCCAUAAAGAUGGCCCUGGUCUCAUCUAAUGCAGACAGUCACUCUCUGAAGAUCUUCAGGACUGGAAUUUCCUAGUCUACCUGAGCCUCAAAUAACAAACUAGACUCCAUAUUUACUUAAAGACAUAAUCUGUUAUAUUGAACUUCCAACUUCCUUACACACAAUAUGACUGCAAAAUAAUUCCUGCUAUGCGUUAUUACCCAAAUGAGAAAGGGUUCCUUUUAAGUCUGGUUCCUCUUAAGGUUUCUUUCUAUUGCCAUCCCAGGGUUUUUUCCCUUGCCACCAUCGCCAUCAGCUUGUUUGUCAGGGACAAUCAGGGUCAUCUGAUCAUUUUGAUUUAUACAACAUUUCACACACAUGUCCAUAAUUUUCUUAUUAUGUGAAGCUGCUUUGGGACAAUGACAAUUGUUAAAAGCGCUAUAUAAAUCAAAUUGAAUUGAAUAGAUUAGAUAAAAACCAAUUUAGAUUUCACAUAGAAAGGCAUAAACCUGAAAAAGUGUUCUUUUUUUAAAGGAAAAUUGUUAGGAUAUUGCAACAUGGAUACUACUAUGUUAGUAUCAAUACCCAUAAAGAAAUAUGAAUAAUUUGCAUUUUAAAUUAUCUUUCCAAAAUGGCUGAAGUUAGCAGCUUAUUGAUAAGAAUAGAAUUUUUUAGGGAAGAAAGAUUGGUCAGAUUCCAUGUUGCAUAAACUUUAGAAGUAGCUGGUAUAGGGCCAAAGUAAAGACAAGCAGAAGAAAUGCAUGUGUUAGUAAGAAGCGAAUGUAAGAGAGUGCAAGUUCUGUAGAAAGUAUGUAUGAGAAACAAGUGUGAGAGACGAAUGAUUGUUAGUGAAAAGCAUGUGUGUUAGUGAGAGAAAAAUGUGAAAGUAAUAGGUGUGAGAGAUGAGUGAGUGUUAGUAGAAGAGCAUAUUUCAAAGAAAAAAAAAUUGCCGGAAGUUAGAGGCAGCCAAAAUUAAAAGAGAAUUUAAUAAGAGAAUGCAGUGCCUGAACCAACAAGCUAUCUAAAGCCAAGGUGUAUUUAAAGAGAAAUAAGAAAACAGUGUGGAAAACAUUAGAAGACAUGGGAUUAGUUUCCAUUGUUAUGCUGAUACCCAAUUAUAUAUCUCAACUAAACCAGACGAAAUACCUAAAUUGUCUAGAUUAACUAAGUGUGUCCAGGACAUAAAAGAUUGGAUGACCAAUAACUUUAUUUUUACUAAAUUCAAAUUAUUGGCCCAAAAACCAGUACACAACAGCUCUCACAAUUCAGUCUGUGUUUAGGAGGAUGUACUGUUACUACUAGCUCAACAGUAAAAGGCCUGGGCGUGAUAUUAGACAGUAACAUGUCUUUUGAAAAUCAUAUUUCAAAUAUCACAAAAACAGCCUUUUUCCAUUUUAGAAAUAUUGCCAAACUUAGGAGCAUCUUAUUCGUAUCUGAUGCAAAAAAAAGCUAGUUCAUGCAUUUAUGACCUCCAGACUAGACUAUUGUAAUGCAUUACUAGGUGGUUGUCCUGCAUCCUCAAUAAAAAAGCUUCAGUUAGGCCAAAACGCAGCCGCCAGGGUUCUCACAUCCAAAAAAUAUGAUCAUAUAACUCCAAUAUUAUCAUCCCUGCACUGGCUACCUGUUCAGUUUAGAAUUCAUUAUAAAAUAGUAUUACUUACAUACAAGGCUCUAAAUGGUUUAGCUCCUACAUACCUAA